UUGAAGUGAAGUAAACAUUUGUUGUUUUAUCUCUAUCCUUACCGUGCUUUAGCUCUAUAUAAAGCAUAUACUUCUCCCUCCAAUGACUUGAGACACCACAAAGAAAACAUUCCAUUUAAACUCAACUCAAGUUGACUCACUCACCUUUUACAAAGAGAAAGCUGGAAGGCAGAGAGAUGGUUGGAAUUUUGGUUUGUUUUUUCAUAAUUCUCUUUUCUUUAUCAUAUAUUUUCCCCUUAAGAAGGGAUAAGAGAGAACCCCAAAAAAGGGUUAAGCUUCUUCCUGGUUCAAUGGGAUGGCCUUUCAUAGGAGAGACUCUUCAACUCUAUUCUCAAGACCCGAAUAUCUUCUUUGCUUCCAAACAAAAAAGGUACGGAGAAAUUUUCAAGACUCAUAUUCUUGGAUGCCCAUGUGUUAUGCUGGCUAGCCCUGAGGCUGCGCGCUUUGUAUUGGUGACACAAGCUCAUCUGUUUAAACCCACUUAUCCAAAGAGCAAAGAACGUUUGAUUGGUCCCUCGGCUCUCUUUUUUCACCAGGGAGACUACCAUCUUCGUCUGAGGAAGCUGGUUCAAGGAUCCUUGAGCCUCGAUGCAACUCGUAGCUUGGUUUCACGUAUUGAAACGGCGGCAGUUUCCUCUCUAGAAUCGUGGGCAGGCGGCCGUGUCAUUAACACCUUCCAAGAAAUGAAAAAGUUUUCAUUUGAAUUAGGUAUACUAGCCAUUUUUGGGCAUUUGAAGGACCAUUACAGAGAAGAGCUGAAGAAAAACUACAGCAUACUUGAUAAAGGCUACAAUUCCCUUCCUACAAACAUCCCUGGAACUCCUUACAGAAAGGCCUUACAGGCAAGAAAGAGACUGAGUCAAAUACUGAGUGAUAUUAUUCGUGAGAGGAAGGAGAAAGGAUUACUUGAAAAGGAUCUCCUGGGUUGUUUGUUGAACUCCAAAGAUGACAAGGGAGAAGCGCUUACUGAUGACCAAAUCGCGGAUAACAUAAUCGGUGUGCUUUUUGCUGCUCAAGAUACUACAGCUAGUGUAAUGACAUGGAUUGUCAAGUACCUCCAUGACAACCUGAAACUUCUGGAGGCUGUAAAGGCUGAACAGAAGGCCAUCCACAGAGCAAAUGAAGAAGGUAAUCAACAGUUGAGCUGGUCUCAAACUAGAAAAAUGCCAGCCACUAGCAAGGUCAUAUUAGAGAGUUUGAGGAUGGCAAGCAUUAUAUCCUUCGCCUUCAGAGAAGCAGUGGCCGAUGUAGAAUACAAGGGCUACUUGAUUCCAAAAGGAUGGAAAGUGAUGCCUUUGUUCAGGAGCAUUCAUCACAAUCCAGAAUUUUUUGCUGAUCCUCAAAAAUUUGAUCCUUGGAGAUUUGAGGUUGCGCCAAAACCCAACACAUUUAUACCAUUUGGUAGUGGAGUACAUUCCUGUCCUGGAAAUGAGCUUGCCAAGCUGGAGAUGCUUGUCAUGAUCCACCAUUUGGUCUCCAAGUUCAGGUGGGAAGUGAUAGGAUCCGAGAAUGGGAUUCAGUAUGGUCCAUUCCCAAUUCCUCAACAAGGACUACCUGCCAGAUUUUGGAAACAAUCUACAAGCUGAAAGGAAACACGACGCAUGGUAAUAGAAUAGGUGACCUACAAUACACACUAGACUACUUUUUUUGUCGGGUAAUUUUUAUUGUAUUAAAUAGACUAGAUCAUCCCCUUCAAGCAUCUGGGGAUCGAGGAUAAUUCCUUUUUCUUCCCCUUCUCUUUUACGUGCAACAUUCAUUUUCUAAACUUUUAAUCAAUAAUAUGCAAUGUAAACUAGUUAAUUGUA